CCCCAACACACCAACUCAAAUUUCAACAGCAAAAAACUCAUUCUACCAUUCAUCUAGCUUAGUAAUAUUUUUUUAUAUAUUUUAUUUAUAUAGUUAAAUAGUGAAAGAAAAAUAUGGAAGGGUUUGAAGAAGAAAUUUCAGAGCCAGUGAGUCCCACAGGACAAUAUUUGAACAGCUCUUCCCUUUGCAUAUACAUUUUAGGUGUUUUAGAAUUUUCAAUUCCAUUAACACACAUUUCUACCUUUGAAUUGCUUCAAGAUAUCUUCCUUCCUAUUAACACACGUUUCUCCUCCAUCAUGAUCAUGGACCAAUUCGAUGGAGAGAAAAAAUGGAAGAAAGUUGAAGUUAACUUGGAAGAACAUAUUAAAGUUCCUGAAUUUCCAAGUGACAAAUCAUCCAACUCAUUCUAUGAUGAACAUCUUGAUGAUUAUAUGUCCAAAAUAGCAAUGGAACAUUUACCACAAGAUAGACCACUUUGGGAGAUACAUAUUAUUAAAUAUCCAACAAAAAAUGCAGCUGGUACCUUAGUAUUCAAACUUCAUCAUGCACUUGGAGAUGGUUACUCUCUAAUGGGUGCACUUCUUUCAUGUUUAGAAAGAGCUGAUAACCCUUCUCUUCCAUUCACAUUACCAUCAAGUAAAAUUAGACCUAAGUCUAUUUUUAAUACCAAAGCAAUUAUCAAGAGAUUUCCCUCUAUUUUCUCAUCAACAAUUUGGUCUAUGUUGGAUUUUGGAUGGAGUAUUUUGAAAAGUAGCAUGAUUGAAGAUGACCUAACACCAAUUAGGUCACGUGCUGAUGAUGUCAAGCUUCGACAAAUUACUAUCUCAAAUGUUUCAUUCACUAUGGAGCAUAUCAAAGAAGUGAAAACAAGACUUGGAGUGAGCAUAAAUGAUGUGAUUGCUGGAUUAAUUUUCUUUGGCAUUCGGUUAUACAUGCUAGAAGUUAAUAAGGAAUCAAGAAAAGCUAACUCUACAGCACUUGUCUUGCUAAAUACAAGAAAUAUCAAGGGUUAUAAAUCUGUUAAGGAAAUGGUUAGCAAGAACAAUAAUGGUGCUGCUUGGGGGAAUCAAUUUGCAUUUUUGCAUGUACCAAUUCCAGAGCUUAAUGAUCCUAAAUUUGAAAAUCCACUUGAAUUUAUUUGGGAAGCUCAUAAAGAAAUCAGCAGGAAGAAAAAUUCUUUGGUUACACCUCUUACUGGCAUGCUCUUAAAUAUGGUGAAAACACUCAGAGGCCCUGAGGCUGCAGCUAGAUAUGUACACAGUACUUUAAGAAACUCAAGUACAACAAUCUCAAACAUCAUUGGGCCAGUGGAGCAAAUGGCUUUGGCUAAUCAUCCAGUUAAAGGUCUAUACUUCAUGGUUGUUGGUCCACCAGAGAGUCUCACAGUAACGAUCAUGAGCUAUAUGGGAAAGUUAAGAAUUGCAUUUGGUUCAGAGAAAGAUUUCAUUGACAAGCAAAAAAUCAAGUGCUGUAUGGAGAAAUCUCUUGAGAUGAUAAUUAAAGCAUCAAGAAAGACUUCAACAUAAAAAAAGUUCAACUAUAUCAAGAAAUCUCCUGAGAUGAUAAUUUUUUUCUUUAUAUUCAAUGGUAUGUAAUGAUUUUGUAAUAGUUGGUAAUCUUUUUUCAUAUGAUAUGCAACUUUGCAUUUUUGUUGAACAUGGAAUAUUAAAUGAUUCAAAAAA